GGAAUCUGGGUGGGGCCGCUGGUAUAGCGUUGCCAGUAAAUUAAUUUCUUAAAAAACUCUUUUAAAUCAAAUGUUGCAUAUCAUACUGAUUUAAAAAUGUCGAACUUCGUGGAGGAGAGUGUGAACCAGGUCAAUGAUAUGAAUACGGGAGUAGAUGUUGACCCUGUUCUGAACGGAGUCCGGAACAGAGAUAGAAAUUUUCAGAGAAAUUCAAGAGUUUACAAACAUAGUCAAAAUAAUAGAAGCGAAAUGAGUAAUUUGUACUCCUACGGUAGUUCUUAUCAGAAUCAACAGUACAGUAAUAAUUGGACCGAAAAUGUACAGUUCGAUCAGCCAAGACUCUCAAGCUAUACAAGCAAUUAUCAAACGACAUACCCUUCCAGCACUAACACAUACCCUGCAAAUACCUCUAGCUACCCAGCUAGCACCACUACCUACGCAGCAAACACAACAAGUUACCCAAGUAACACGACCAGUAACAGCAGCUACGUUCAUGCAUACUCUGGAACAAUGCCCCUGGUGGGUGAUAACAGGAUGAGUGUAAAUGGUAACAUGCCUGCACCGGUGCCUGUAAACACCUCUCAGGUACUGGUGGAUCAAGUCUUGGACUCUUCAACCCUGGAGGAAAUCGCGUACUUUUUCACCUACAAGUAUUACUCCAUGCUCAACAAUAACCCUACCUACAUGUACAGUCUUUACUCAAAGGAGGCACAGUUGUCAAAGACUGACGUUAACGGUAACAGGGUCGUGGCAUCGGAUCAUAACGAGAUAAGGAACUACUAUCAGCAAUUUGCCAACUACGUAUUCACUUCCAACAUUCACAACAUUGAAAUUCAACUCGUUAGUUCGCAUCCACUCUUCCUAGUCCUAAUCACCGGCUCCUUCACACUCGCCAACGAGAAGGAUAACACUGAGCAGACGAAACUUUUUGCCCAGACUGUGUUACUCUCUGGCGACGUUUCGAGGAGCAGGUACCACAUCAUCAACGAUUUAUUGACCGAGUUGAACACACUCAACACUCAUUCCACAACCACCCCUCAUGUUCAUGCCUCCCAUUCUACCUCAACCCCUGAACAAUCACAUGAACACAAAUCUCAAGAUUAUCUUCAUGAUUCAUCAAGGAGUUAUAGAAAAGAUAAUAAGGAUGGAUUGAAGGUUGCUAUUUUCGGAAUACCCCCGAUGGUGACGGAGGUCAUCUUAACGGAAAUCAUUAACAAGAGAUUGGCACAGCUAAAUUCAGACGGAAAGGUGGUGGAUGUUGCUAUAAAGCCCCAAAAGGUUAACAGAAAGAGUAACGAGUCACUGCUGUACGCCUUUGUAGAAUUAGACUCGACGGAAGCUGUGGAAACACUCUUGGCCAAUGAUCUUCAAAUCCAGGAUCGCAAUAUAACAUUAGAGCCCUACAAGAGAACCGAGAAAAAAAGAGAGUUUAAACCAAAGAAUACUUCCUCCAACUACUAAUCUCAUUUUCCUCUUA